AUGAGAAUAAAAGCCAACCGGCUACAUGCGCAGUUUCUUCCCGCCUUCCGAGUGCGCUUUUCACGCACCUGCCCUCUGCCUCACCUGCCGGCAAAGCCCGGCAACGAGAACCGCCUCUCCCGCUGCAAAAUGCAAAAUAACUAUAAAACUGUCCCUUUUCUGGAUUUCCCCGUUUUGGAAGAUCUGGAGCCUGUUCCCGGGAGUGCGAUGGAAAGACCCCAAGGAGGAGAGCAAAAAACCACACCAGGAAUCAAGGUGGAAAAGCAGGAUCGAGAAGAAGAUGAAUCAGAGGAGGGACCGGAGAGAACCCUUCGUAUCAUCCAGGUUGAGGCAAGCAGAGGACUUCUGGCCGAAGCCACCACGCAUGAAGUUAAACAAGAGCCUCAGGAAGAGUUGCAUCACUUCUGGGAAGCCCGAGGACAGGAGCCACCGAAGGACACGGAGAUUCCUCAGCGAGGGUGGGAAAGCAGCCCACAGCCGCCUCAGUCCCAGUCUGAGAAGAACGCCAAGGUGUUGAAGUUCUCCUUCAAAGGGUCAGGUGAUGGUGAACGAUGGCCUUGUGAGGAGUGGGGGACUCCAGUGCCAUCCCUCCAGACUGACAGAAGCCAGGAUCUAUCUGGAAACGUCGCACCGAUCGAGACUCCAGUUGACGACACUGUUAGAUCAGAGAUCUGGCGCCGGCGCUUCAGGUAUUUCUGCUACUGGGAGGCCGAGGGACCUCGAGAGGUCUUCAGCCAACUUUGGGAGCUGUGCCGUCAAUGGCUGAAGCCUGAGAGACACACCAAGGAGGAGAUCUUGGAGCUGCUGAUCCUGGAGCAGUUCCUGACCGUCCUGCCAGAGGAAAUGCAGAGUUGGGUCAGGAAACGCAGGCCAUGGACCUGCAGCCAGGCUGUGACCCUAGCAGAAGAUUUUCUGUUGAUGUUGAAGGAGUCUGAGAGCCACAAAGAGCAGGCCACAAGGAUAUCUGGAAGAGAUCCACCAGAGAUCGUAACGAGUCAGCUUCCCAUGGAACCCGGGCAGGGGGACAAUGGAGAGACCACCUUUCCUGGUGACUGGCAUGUAAUUGUAAAAGAGGAAGAGGCGGAUCUUCAGCUGGAAGGCCCGAAAGAAGUGGACACCCCCGGAGAAUCACGGGAUGAUGAAGAAAGGAAAUUUUUCAAAGUUCCUGAGCGGGAGCAGAUACACAAAAAAUUGGCUGGGCCCAAAAAUUACCAGGAAAACCAUCUCUGGAAGACAACAGAACAAACUUUUCUUUGUGAGGGAGCUGGGAAAGGUUUUCACGGAAGGACCUCCGAGGAGGGAGCAUGCAGGCGCAAGAGGAAAAGGGCAGGUGCUGAUUGUGGGAAAAGUCUCCGCCAGAGUUUGAACCUUCUAGAGUUUCAGCAAAUAGACACAGGGGAAAAAACGUACAAAUCCCCCGAAUGGGGCAAGAGCUUUAAGCUGAAAGUGCAUCUGAAUAUGCGCGGAAGAACACACGCCAGAGGGAGGCCUUCUCUAUGGUCAGACUUUGGGAAAAAGUUCCCUCAGCCGUAUGACGUUUCUAGGCCUCAGGAAAUCCACGCCAAAGUGAAUCAGCACACAUGCUCUGAGUGCGGGAGGACUUUCAGCAGGCAAUCCCACCUCCUCAUACAUCAGAGGAUGCACACUGGAGAAAAACCCUACACAUGCUCAGAGUGUGGGAAAAGCUUCAGUUACAGCUCGGUCCUUACAGAACACGAAAGGAUCCACACCGGAGAGAAACCCUACGAGUGUUCAGACUGUGGGCAAAGCUUCAGCCGGAGGUCAUACCUCAUUCAGCAUGAGAGAACCCAUACGGGAGUGAAGCCCUACGAAUGCACUGAGUGCCAGAAAUGUUUCACCCGUCGCAGUGGCCUUCUUCGACAUCAGAAACUCCACGUGGCCAAGAGCCCGUGCUGA